AUGGAGGUUGAUUCAACAAAUUUCUUUCAACAAUUACCGGUACCGGAUAAAUUUACAGAAAAAAAUGAUAAAAUAUGUAAUUUUGUCAGCAAACAUAAUGAAAUUGGUAACAAAGUUGUCCUAGUGACAUCUGGUGGUACAACGGUACCAUUGGAAAGCCGAACAGUUCGUUACAUGGACAACUUCAGUCAAGGGACACGAGGAUCAGCAUCUGCUGAAAAUUUCCUGCAACAUGGAUAUGCUGUGAUAUUUUUAUAUAGGAACCGUUCUUUGGAACCAUACUCCCGUCAUUUCUCUCGCUUGAAUCUGUUGGAUAUGUUGGAAUUUGCUAAUGAUAAUACUUCAGCUCAGUCUAUUGUUGUGCAACAAGAGUAUGAAGAUAAAGUCAAGACAAUGUUACUAAAAUAUAAAGAAGUAAUGAAAUCUGGGCAUCUUUUAUUCAUUGACUUUACAACAUUAAAUGAAUAUUUACAUCUUUUGCGAGCUUCAGCAUUAUCAUUACAACAAAUUGGUCAUUCAGCCAUGUUGUAUCUGGCUGCUGCUGUUUCUGACUUUUAUAUUCCAAAAGAUCAAAUGCCAGAACACAAAAUCCAAUCUGCAGAUGGCCCCUUACAUGUUUCUCUUCAAUUGGUUCCUAAACUCCUUGGCCCACUUGUUAAAGAAUGGGCUCCGGAUGCAUUUGUUAUUUCUUUUAAGUUGGAAACUGACAAGAAUUUGUUAAUAAAGAAAGCUGAAGAAGCUUUGAAGAAAUACCAUCAUCAGCUUGUCAUUGCAAAUGUCUUGGAGACGAGGAAGCAAGCAGUUGUGAUUGUUAGCAAAGAUAGCAUUCAGACAAUCUCUUUGAGCAAAGAACAAUUAUUACAAGGCAUUGAAAUUGAAGAGCAUAUUGUUACUGAAUUAAUCAGCAGACAUAACAAAAUGAUGAAUGAAAAAUAA